AACCAAGGGUGCUGGAUCUCUGGAUGUAGUCUGGAUGCGUGUGGAUGCGUUUCCUCGGCGAACCACACAUCACCAGUCUGACAUCUCUGACUCUCUUGAUCAUCAUCGCGACAAUGGAUUCAACGCAUGAAUCACCGGCCGCCUCGCCCUCGUCAGGCUCCCUCCGCAGGCCCUCCCACUCCCACCGAGGCGACAAGGUCAUCUUCUGCUGCCCCGAGUUCGACGAACUGGCCAGGGAGCUGUGCGCCAUGGACAAGCAGUUCCUGCAGGGGAAGAUCACUUGGGGGGUGAGCGAUGGGAUGACAGGAGGGAUGGCACCAUGCCAAUGGGUGAGGUGCGUUGUGUUGUGUGUGGUUGUCAUGUCAGUCGUUCGAGGACGGUUUUCCAAACAUCAAUAUCCACGACUGGGCGAACCAUCUGCGUGGCAAGCACGUGGUUUUCCUCGCCUCGUUCAUGCUGGAGCACAGCGAGACAGCCAUAUUCGACCAGGUAUGCAGUGCAGUGCACGCGCGUGUGGCACUUUUUCAUCUGCCUGUGUUUAUGCAGUUGUCAGUGAUGUAUUCGAUUCCCAAGUAUCUGACCAAGUCGCUGACCAUCCUCCUGCCGUACUUCCCAACAGGUCAGACGCGUACACACGCCCCACACGCACGAGUGCAUCGUCCGUCACGUGUGUCUGUCUGUCAGGCACAAUGGAGAGGUGGGAGGGCAUGUGUGUGUGUGUGUGGCUGGGCAAUGCCCUGCGGAUAUAUCGAUGCUCUCUCUCUCUUUCUUCUGUCUGUCUGUCUGUGUGUGUGUGUGUGUAGGAUAGAGCAGGAGGGUCAGAUUGCGACGGCCAAGACGCUCGCACAGAUCCUCUCAGCCACGCCCGAGUGCCAUGGAACAGGUAGCAGAUAG